AUGUGUGUCUGUCUGUCUGCUAGGUCUAAAGCAGCUAUUCCCGCUCGACUAGCCAUUGUCGCCCGAAACCAGCGCUGCAACAUGUCCACCGAGGCCGCGCCUCCAAAAUUCCCCUUCUCUCGCCCGUCCGGAGCUGUCCCGCCGCUGGAAUAUGCGAAACUCAGAGCCACAAAUCCCGUGUCCAGAGUUACUCUCUGGGACAACAGUCAGCCAUGGCUGGUUGUCAAACACAAGGAUAUCUGCAGUGUUCUCACGGAUCCGCGUCUGUCCAAGGAACGGACACGCGCUGGCUUUCCCGAAAUGAAUCCCGGCGGCAAGGAGGCUGCCAAAAACCGCCCGACUUUCGUUGACAUGGACCCUCCAGACCACGGGCGUCAAAGGAACAUGGUUGCCUCCCUUUUCACAAGGGAAUCUUCUGAGACAAUGCGCCCGCAUAUCCAAGCCACUGCAGACGCCCUUCUCGAUGAAAUGAUAAAGCAGGGCUGUGAGAAGCGCGUUGACUUGGUCGAGAAGUUUGCUCUACCGCUGCCAUCCUAUAUCAUAUACGGGAUCCUGGGUGUGCCAAAGGAAGAUCUGGCAUACCUCACUGAGUGUAACGCCGUCCGUAGUAAUGGAAGUUCCACCGCAGCAGCUGCGUCUAAUGCCAAUAAAAUUCCGAAUGACAAUAGGGAACUCCUGGACUACAUCGGCAACUUGGCUGAUAAGCGACUUGAAAAGCCAGGAAACGAUAUGAUUAGCAAACUUGUUGUGGAGCAGGGCAUCGUCACCCUUCUCCAACAUCCCAAACAACUCGCGGAUCUCAAAGCCAACCCAUCGCUCGCACCCAAAUUCGUCGAAGAGCUCUGCCGCUACCACACAGCAUCAGCAAUGGCCACGAGGCGCGUUGCUAAAGAGGAUAUCAUGCUUGGCGGCCAUCUCAUCAAAGCAGGCGAAGGUAUAAUUGCCGCCACCCAGUCCGGCAACCGAGAUGAAGACAUCUUCCCCAACCCAGACGUCUUCGACAUGCACCGCACGCGUGGCUCUGAGGUAGCGCUUGGCUACGGAUAUGGCGAGCAUGUUUGCGUCGCUGAGGGAUUGGCCCGCACCGAACUUGAGGUUGUUUUCUCAACACUAUUCCGACGACUGCCUAACUUGAAGCUUGGCAUCCCGCUCUCCGAGGUCAAGUAUUCUCCUCCAGACGCUGAUGUGGGCAUAACGGAGCUGCCUGUUGUUUGGUAGAUGGUUCCUCUCACUGAACGCUCUCUUCUUCCGCCCAACUGCCAAUAAUAGGCGUUCCACACUCCACUCUUUUCCUAUAUGCUCAUGGGUUUAAAACAAAAAAGAAAGGAAGGAAGGGGAAAAAAAAAAGGAAAGGUUAAAAUAAAAUAAAAAAGAAAAGCGAGUUUGUUAGAGACUUGGGUCAGAAUAGAAAUGAUUCGAGAUUAGAUCUAUCUGCAUUUUGAAUUACUAAUAUACAUAU